GGAGGAGGAGCAGCGAGCUGGGCCGCGGCGACGGCUGGGGGAGCGGCCCAGCGUGGCCACGUUUGGGUCUGGUUAUUUUCCAGUGAACAGUUCUCGCACGCCCUUCCUGAGGCACGGCUGAUCGCGCCGAAGCCCGGCGGCCCCGACCUUCCAGGUGACAGCCGGUCACCCUGGUAGGAGUCAGCUCCGCCCCAAGUCACCCCGCCCUCCCAGAGCCCAUUCCCCGCCCAGCCAGCCUCCCUCCGCCUGCCCGAGGCGAGUGCGGCGGCCGCAGCGGCUCUGCAGCGCUGGAGCAGGAGGCGGCCGGCGGCGGCGCGGGGCCCUCGGCGGAGGAAGGGGGAAGUUCGGUCCCUCGGCGCUAGCCCGAGGAAGGAGGAUGACGAUUUAACCCGCCCUCUCCUGCCAGUCCGGCCGCGGGGCGCUCCCGCCGUGCCCGCCGCCCGAGUCUCCGAGCCUCGCCCGGGGAAGUGCCGCAUGGGGCAGGGCCGCUGAAGCGCGGAGUUCGGUGUCUCGCCGUGCCAAAAGCGGGCGCGGGCGCCGGUGCGGCAGUUGGCACAGUUUCGGCGGCGCCUUCGGCGCGAGAGUUGGGGGCGCGGCGCGCCUACCCGGCCGCCUCGGUGCGUUCGAGAGGCGCGAGUUAUGGAGUCCCCCAGCUGCGUUCAGGAUGAGCCGUUCCCGCACCCCCUGGAGCCUGAACCGGGCGCCCCUGCACAGCCGGGCCCCGGGAAGCCGGGCGACAAGCGGUUCCGUCUGUGGUACGUGGGGGGGUCGUGCCUGGACCACAGGACCACGCUGCCCAUGCUGCCCUGGCUCAUGGCCGAGAUCCGGCGGCGCAGCCAGAAGCCCGACGCGGGCGGCUGCGGGGCGCCGGCCGCCCGCGAGGUGCUUCUGGUGCUCAGCGCGCCCUUCCUGCGCUGUGUCCCCGCACCCGCCGCCGGGGCCGCGGGGGGCGUCGGCCCCGCGGCCGCGCAGCCCAACCCGGCCGUGUUCAUCUUCGAGCACAAGGCACAGCACGUCUCGCGCUUCAUUCACAACAGCCACGAUCUCACCUACUUUGCCUACCUGAUCAAGGCGCAGCCAGACGACCCCGAGUCGCAGAUGGCCUGCCACGUUUUCCGCGCUACAGACCCCAACCAGGUUCCUGAUGUUAUAAGCAGCAUAAGGCAGUUAUCGAAAGCUGCCAUGAAAGAGGAUGCCAAAGCCAGCAAAGACAACGAGGAUGCCUUUUACAACUCUCAGAAGUUCGAGGUCUUGUACUGCGGAAAGGUGACCGUGACCCACAAGAAGGCCCCGUCGAGCCUCAUCGACGACUGCAUCGAGAAGUUCAGUCUGCACGAGCAGCAGCGCCUGAAGAGCCAGGGCGAGCCGCGCGGCGGCGCGGAGGCGGACGAUGACCCGGUGGUCUUCGAGGCCGCAGCCUCACAAGUCCUGGCGGAGGAAGGGGAUGGCCUCCCCAGCAUCCAGCCCGCCUUCGCAGCCGCGGCCGGCCAGCCCGGGCUGCCCAGCUCUCGAGUUGGCUUCCCGGAGCGGAUUUUGGAAGAUUGUGGCUUUGACGAACAGCAGGAGUUCCGGUCUCGGUGCAGCAGUGUUACUGGCGUCUUACAAAGGAAGGUUCAGGAGAACAGCCAAAAACCACAGCCGCGGAGGAGACACGCCAGCGCGCCGAGUCACGUACAGCCCUCGGAUUCGGAGAAGAACAGGACGAUGCUGUUCCAGGUUGGGCGGUUUGAGAUUAACCUUAUCAGUCCAGACACUAAAUCAGUUGUGCUUGAAAAGAAUUUUAAAGAUAUCUCUUCUUGUUCUCAGGGUAUAAAGCAUGUUGAUCACUUUGGCUUUAUCUGUCGGGAGUCACCGGAGCCUGGGCUGAGCCAGUAUAUCUGUUAUGUGUUCCAGUGUGCCAGUGAAUCCCUGGUGGAUGAGGUAAUGCUGACUCUGAAGCAGGCUUUCAGCACAGCAGCUGCCCUGCAGAGUGCCAAGACCCAGAUCAAGCUGUGCGAGGCCUGCCCCAUGCACUCUCUGCAUAAGCUCUGUGAGAGGGUUGAAGGUCUCUACCCUCCACGAGCCAAGCUGGUAAUACAGAGGCAUCUCUCUUCACUGACAGAUAAUGAGCAGGCAGACAUCUUUGAGCGCGUCCAGAAAAUGAAGCCAGUCAGCGACCAGGAAGAGAAUGAACUUGUGAUUUUACAUUUGAGGCAGCUGUGUGAGGCCAAGCAGAGGACACACAUUCACAUUGGAGAAGGCCCAUCGACAAUUUCAAAUAGUACCAUCCCGGAAAAUGCAACAAGCAGUGGAAGGUUCAAACUUGACAUUCUGAAAAAUAAAGCUAAGAGAUCUUUAACUAGCUCCCUGGAAAAUAUCUUCUCAAGGGGAGCUAACAGAAUGAGAGGCCGGCUUGGAAGUAUGGAUAGCUUUGAACGGUCCAACAGUCUUGCUUCAGAGAAGGACUAUUCCCCGGGAGACUCUCCACCAGGGACACCACCAGCCUCCCCACUGUCCUCAGCUUGGCAGACAUUCCCUGAAGAGGAUUCUGACUCCCCACAGUUUCGAAGACGGGCACACACGUUCAGCCACCCACCUUCGAGCACAAAGAGAAAGCUGAAUUUACAGGAUGGGAGAGCUCACGGUGUUCGCUCCCCUCUUCUGAGGCAGAGCUCCAGCGAACAGUGCAGCAUUCUUCCAUCAGUUCGGCGCAUGCCCAAGGAGAGUAAUUCUUCCUCCAGUCUUCCAAGUCUUCACACUUCCUUCUCUGCCCCUUCCUUCACUGCCCCCUCUUUCCUGAAAAGCUUUUACCAGAAUUCAGGUAGACUGUCCCCACAGUAUGAAAAUGAAAUCAGACAGGACACUGCUUCAGAAUCAAGUGAUGGAGAGGGGAGAAAAAGGACCUCGUCUACUUGCAGCAAUGAGUCCCUAAACACUGGAGGAACUCCCGUCACCCCUCGUCGAAUCUCCUGGAGGCAGCGCAUUUUCCUCAGGGUUGCUUCUCCCAUGAACAAAUCUCCCUCAGCAAUGCAGCAGGGUCUGUGUGAUGGACUGGACAGGAACGAGCUGCUGCCACUGUCCCCUCUUGCUCCAACCAUGGAGGAGGAACCCCUGGUUAUAUUCAUGUCUGGUGAAGAUGAUGACCCGGAGAAGGCUGAAGAAAGAAAGAAGUCAGAAGAACUGAGGAGUUUGUGGAGAAAAGCAAUACAUCAACAAAUCUUGUUGCUUCGAAUGGAGAAAGAAAACCAGAAACUUGAAGAAGCAAGCAGAGAUGAACUCCAGUCCAGAAAAGUUAAACUGGACUAUGAAGAAGUUGGUGUAUGUCAGAAGGAGGUCUUACUAACCUGGGAUAAGAAGUUGUUGAACUGCAGAGCUAAAAUCAGAAGCGAUAUGGAAGACAUUCAUAUUUGUCUUAAAGAAGGUGUUCCCAAAAGUCGACGAGGAGAAAUUUGGCAGUUCCUAGCUUUACAAUACCGUCUCAGGCACAGAUUGCCCAAUAAACAACAGCCUCCUGACGUUUCCUAUAAGGAACUUUUAAAGCAGCUCACUGCUCAGCAGCAUGCCAUUCUUGUGGAUUUGGGAAGGACAUUUCCUACUCACCCUUAUUUUUCAGCACAGCUUGGGGCAGGGCAGCUCUCACUCUUUAACCUCUUGAAAGCCUACUCAUUGCUGGACAAAGAAGUGGGUUACUGUCAGGGGAUCAGCUUUGUGGCUGGAGUCCUGCUUCUGCACAUGAGCGAAGAGCAAGCCUUUGAGAUGCUGAAAUUCCUCAUGUAUGACCAGGGCUUCCGCAAACAGUACAGACCUGACAUGAUGUCGCUGCAGAUUCAAAUGUACCAGUUGUCCAGGCUCCUUCAUGACUAUCACAGAGAUCUCUACAAUCAUCUUGAAGAAAAUGAAAUCAGCCCCAGUCUUUAUGCUGCCCCCUGGUUCCUCACAUUGUUUGCCUCUCAGUUUCCACUAGGAUUUGUAGCCAGAGUUUUUGAUAUUAUUUUUCUUCAGGGAACUGAAGUUAUAUUUAAGGUUGCGCUUAGUCUGCUGAGCAGCCAGGAGACACUUAUAAUGGAAUGUGAGAACUUUGAAAGUAUUGUCGAGUUUCUUAAGACCACGCUACCUGAUAUGAAUACAUCUGAAAUGGAAAAAAUUAUUACCCAGGUUUUUGAGAUGGAUAUUUCUAAACAGUUACAUGCAUAUGAGGUGGAAUACCACGUGCUGCAAGAUGAGCUUCAGGAAUCCUCAUACGCCUGUGAGGAUAGUGAACCUUUGGAAAAGCUGGAGAGGGCCAAUAACCAACUGAAAAGACAAAACAUGGACCUCCUAGAAAAGUUGCAGUUAGCCCAUGCUAAAAUCCAGACCUUGGAAUCCAAUCUGGAAAACCUUUUGACCAGAGAGACCAAAAUGAAGUCUUUAAUCCGGACUCUGGAACAAGAGAAAAUGGCUUAUCAAAAGACAGUGGAGCAGAUCCGGAAGCUGCUGCCCACCGAUGCGCUCGCCAAUUGUGAAUUUCUGCUGAGGGACCUCAACUGCAACCCUAACAACAAAGCCAAGACAGGAAACAAGCCAUAACUGAAGAAGUGCCCUCUCAGCAGAACAUGCUCUUAGAGCAGAGGAAAGGAAGAGUCUGUAUGCUGCUGGCCCAGCGCUGGACACCAGAGCUGACAGAACCACUUGAGUCUGGUGCUGCGCCCGUGUCCUAGCUGGUGGACCUUGGUCUUACUAGAGUACGCCAAUCCUAAGCCAUUGUACAUAUGUAGACUGGUUUUUUCUGUUGUUGGUAUUGACUAUGUACAUAUAUAUAAAAUGGACACAAACAGUUCAUGCUUUCAGAUCAAAAGAGUAGAUGUAUAUUUAGUGAAUUUUUUUAAAUCAGAACUUCAUGAAACCCCCACCAAAGGGAAGUUAAAAUGAAAUUCCCCUUGGACAUAUGUGAAAUCAUUUUGUCUUUGUAGUGAAACAAAGCUUAGAGCAUCUUUGUAUAUUGAAAUAUACUUGAAAAAAAUGAAUGUAUUUUUUUCUCCAAAGAGCAGCAUGUUUCACUCAGUGGUGGAGAGGUAGAAACAUUUGUGUAACUUUAUGUAUAUCUGUCUUAAAAUCUACUGACAUUAUGUAUAUCUGAUUGCCAAUCAUGCUCCUAUGGAUUUUUCAGGAAGGUGGGGGC